AUGGCUUCUACAAUCGAGCAAUACGAUGUGAAGGCAUUGGAACAACUCAAAGACCUGUAUGGAGAUUUGGCCCAAAUUCCAUUGGCCAGUCAUGGAAGAAUAUGUAAAAAAUCGGAUAAUGAUAUCAUUGAAAUCCUCAGUAUCUGGGACAAUCGAGCUAUUCAAAUGAACAAAACAACUAGACACCAAAGAUUCAGUGUGAUUGGAAGCAAGGGGCCGGAUGUUAAAGAUCGUUACCUGAUGACAACCAUGUCAUCGCCGCUGUGCAAUUUUGAAGCUCAAGCGAUCGCUUAUACGGCGGACAGUUCGAAAGUUGCUCAGCUGAUCACAAUUCCGAAUGGUGAAGAAAAGAAGCAAUAUCUUAAGGUGUACGAUUUAAGUGAUCAUAUCGAACUUUUGUGUUCCGAUUUGACCACUCAGAAAAAACAUGGAGUUAUUCACGGAGCUGGGUCUUCUCCAUUUGGAACUCUUAAAUUUUCUCACGGAGAAGGUCACGUGCUUUAUGUUGCUGAGAGAAAUGUGAAAGCUGCCCAAUACUUUGACGCUGACAUCGAAUGGGAUAACGAGACAAAGGUUUUCGAAAGCAAAGUGGGAAAGAAAUUUGAACUUCGCGAAUCAUGGGGAGAACAAAAUGAUGCGGUUCGCCGUCCGGUUAUUGGAAUUGUGGAUGUUUCGUCUGGAAAUGUUUCGGUUCUCGAUGAAAUACCGUCUAACAUUUCGCCAGCUUUUGUUACUUGGGCUCCUGGAGACACUGGGGUUGUCUUUUUCGGUCUUGAAGAAGGAGAUUCUCCAAGACUUGGCCGCAUUUACUGCAAUAACCGAAAAGGAUCCGUGUAUUAUUACGACUUGCCAAGUGCGAAAUUGACGAGAAUUGGAGAAGAGGGCAUUUCUGCUGAAAUGCUCAGCUUCUCGCCAGAUGGAAAAAAUUUGGUUUAUUUCCAAAGAAAAUCUGAUGGGCCACACCAAGCUGUUUUAGAAAUGGUCACGGUUGAUUGGGAAAAUCGUGAUUCACGUCCGAACGUUGCUGUAGAAAUUGUGAAACAACAAAGCGAUGGCGAUUCUUUUCAAGGAUUGUGCUUCUUGCAGCUUGCUGCACGUACAUGGUCAUCAGACUCUGAAAGAAUUAUUGUAACAACAAUGUGGAAGAGCAAAUUGGAAAUCGUUGCAAUAAAUAUUAAAACUGGAAACGUUGAAAAAUUGACGAAUCAUGGAAAAUGUCACGGAACAUGGCAACUUUUCGAUGUUCAUGAUGAUGAAAUUCUGGCAGUUGUAUCUGCUCCCAAUCGUCCACCAAAUGUUCUUUUAGGGCAAUUGCCUCCAGAGGGACAAGCCGAAAGAAUUGUUUGGGUACGAUUGGACGAAGCGAAGGCUAUUGAGAAGCGUAGAAAUCUCAUAGAUUAUUCCUGGAAAUUUGUGGAAUUUGGUGACGAAAAUACCGGAAAGUACGAAGGAAUUUUCAUGAUUCCUAACGAGGGGCAUAACCUUCCAAUGGUUGUCAAUCCCCACGGUGGACCCCACGGAGGAUCUUUGGCGUGCUGGCCUCGUAGAGAUAUUACGACGCUGUUGAACUCAGGCUACGCCAUUCUUCAAGUGAAUUAUCGAGGAUCGGUUGGAUUUGGAGAUGAUUUUAUUCGAGCAUUACCUGGAAACUGUGGGGAUUUAGAUGUGAACGACGUUCAUAAUGCUGUGAUUGAAACACUUGAAAGAGAACCGCGCAUUUCAAAAGACAAGGUGGUUCUUUUCGGCGGAUCUCAUGGCGGAUUUCUCGUUUCUCAUUUGAUCGGACAAUUUCCGGGAUUCUACAAGUCGUGCGUUGCUCUCAAUCCGGUUGUCAAUAUCGGAUCUAUGCUCGAUAUAACUGACAUUCCAGAAUGGUGUUUCUUUGAAGGAACCGGAGAAUAUCCAGAUUGGAGCAAAACUGCAAAUGCUGAGCAACGCGAGAAAAUGUGGCAGUCAUCGCCAAUUGCCCACGUCGAAAAUGCGGUGACCCCAUAUUUGCUUCUGAUCGGAGAAAAGGAUUUGAGAGUUGUACCGCAUUACCGCGCUUUUGUUAGGAAUUUAAAGGCUAGAGGAGUGCCUUGCAAAGUUCUAUCAUAUCCUCCAUCGAACCAUCCCCUUGAUGAAAUCAAUGUCGAAGCUGAUUACACCAUCAAUAUGGUCAGAUGGUUCGAGAAGUCACUUGCUUAA